CGGACCUGGACCCCAGUGGAUAAAAUCAGUCGAUGGAGCAUGGGGAGUCACAGCACCAAAGAGUCUCGGCACAGCUAGCCCUCGCUCUCUCCUCUUCCGAGCUCCACGCACCAAACUCCUCCACCAUGAGCAGCAGUCUCCGCCAGAUUUCUUGUCUCUUCCUCCUGUGUCUGCUCUCUGGGCUGCUGACGCAGUCCGUCCGGCUAGCCAGCGGAGCGCCCGUGGCCAAUGAGCUACGUUGCCAGUGUCUGCAGACCGUGCAGGGAGUUCCCUACAAGACCAUCGCCAACCUGAAGGUGAUCCCAGCCGGUCCCCACUGCUCCAACCUCGAAGUCAUAGCCACUCAGAAGAAUGGAAAUGAACUUUGCCUUAACCCCGCGGCCCCCCAAGUUAAGAAAAUAGUGGAGAAAGUGCUGAAAAGCUCCAAUUAGUACCUUCAAAAGAGAAGAUGGCCUCUUGCAAUGUCUAAGCAACUCCAAUUUGAGAACAUGGGUCUCAAGAGCCAGAAGAGUCCCUGUACUUUUCCAAGCAUCUAUGAUUUGUCUGUGAAUUCUUUAUUGCAAUGCUUUUAUUUAUUUUGUUUGUUUUAAAAAGUGUGAUAGAAACUAGUUGUUAAAUUUACACUGUCUUCACUUUUUACAAAACCAAUUAUUUCAGUUUUUUUCCUUCAUGUGCUGUAUAUUUCAUUUAAGUGUGAUAUUUUGAACUUUUUUCAGAAUCAUUUCUUUUUUUAUCUAUUUAAAAGAGGGUUGUGAUUUGAGUGAGAAUGAGCUCACACAUUCAUGUGGGAGCUGACCACAAGCAUUAUUUAUGAGAACUAUUUGACAUUGUCUGUUAACUAUGUAUUUAUAUUGAAGUAUUGAGAACUGUAACGUUCUAAUUAUCCCAUAGACAUUUAAUGUCUUCUUUGUAUGGCAUACUGUCAUGUUUAGUGUAAAAAUACACAUUGUUCUUAAUUCUAUUUAUGUCCUAAAAUAAGGAGAUUUAAAUAUUUAUUGCUAAUAAAUAACUACAAAGCCUAUGAAAUAAACCAUUUUGAGAAAGUCCA